UCCGAGGCUUAAGCUUAAGCUUCAGCCAACCUCCUUCUUGUUCCACUAUGAAUAGGCUUACAUCUGAUCCGAGUUUAGAACUCUGUCCGGACUUUACCUCCUACAUCUAUCAAACUAGUCGCGCCCGACUUGUUAAUCAGAACAACAACUUGAACGAGGCUCAAGUAGUUGGAAUUUUGCAAGCUGUGUGGGUAGUUACCAAUAACACCCAUAAGGUCCAAUGGCAGCGGCAACUUCAGGAAGACCAAGCCGCUGUCACAGAACAGCAGAACCUCGAAGAUACCAAAUGUCAACUCCAAGCCUCGCAUCUCAAGGAUUCGGAGGCAGCUUUUCUAGAAGAAGAUCGGAAGCAGAAUCCUUUCAAAUACAUUCCCAUUCCCAACCGUCCGCGUCCCUUGUGCACUGUACACAAUGUCCUCCUUUCUGAUUUUGCCAUAACAAAGCUCGUUAAAGGUCAGUAUGUGGAACUUUACUACUGGACUAAUGGGGGUCUCCCGGCAGAUGCACGAUCAACCUAUCGCACUGCUGACGACGAAUGCAUGGGGCCUUAUACAAGCCCUGGGAGCUCCACUACAGCGGGUGCUGCUCAUCAGGUGGCUAGGGUCAUUCCCGACCAUAGUCUCACUCCCAUCGACUUCGCUCAAGCUGUCCCUCGCGCACUCGCGUCAUUCCAACAAUGUGGUUGGGCAGCCGAACGUAUCCAGAUGCUUGCAGCCUUUUGGCAAGCGUUGAUGCGUCAUGAUUACUGGAACUCCAUCGACCCUCUUGCACAGCGUGCAUUGCUCGUCUACCAGGAUGAGCAACGGCGAGCAUGGCAUCAAGCCAUUCCCCUCCCCGACGGGGCAUGGGACAUUUCUAUUCUAGAUGACAAAGAAAUCAAAAUAAUCUUUGAGACAAUCUACCGGGAAGAUCGGUGUCGUCGUGACGAUGAAUGGGACGCUCGACAUCUUCAAUCUUUGUACCCCAGAGGUGCGCUAGAUGAUCAUUCAUCCAACCAUCGUGUCCGGCGCUCGAGGCGCGCAUCCUCUUCUAAAGGACGUCGACGCUCAGCCUCUCCUCCCGUGCACAGCAACUCGGCGUCCUUCUACAACUAAUCCAAAAGUCGUGUUUUAGUCUCAAACCUGGCGGUUUUGCCCAAACUCGAAUUACUCUCAUUGGGUGCCAAUUAAUUUGUUUAUCUUGCGAACGCGGUCGGUUGCAAG